CCCUUCCUGUAAAUCUAUAAUGGGCACACUGCUUUUUCUCUAAGAGGCUGUAAACAGGCCCAUCAUUCCUACAGAAAAAUCAGAAAAUAAUGCAAGGUAGUUUAUACUUAACUUCUACCCACCAGCACACACAGACCAGGCCUCUAACCACUCCCUGGGAGCCUGCGUGUCAGCAGCCUGGAACCCAGAGCCUCUCCUGGAGCCUGCACAAUCAAUCCAGACUGAAGCCGAUGUCUUCUAGAGAGAAGGACGUGCAAUCCAGCCAGGGCGCAGCUGAAUUUUGAGGGGCCUGAAUCCCUCUGCGUCCACCAGGGGACCGCUGGGACUAAUUCUCUUGGCAAACUUGUGGCCAGCCAAAACUACCAUGCUUCACAUUCCCGUUAUCCUUGGUUACCGCCCAAGAUUGGCUUAUAGAAGAAAUGAAAUGUGGUCUGAGGGACGGUAUGACUAUGAAAGACUUCCAAGAGAACGAGUACCUCCUCGAAGCCACCCCAGUGAUGGCUACCAUAGAGUAGUUAAUAUUGUGCCAAAGAAACCACCACUACUAGACAGACCUGGUGAAGGAAGCUACAAUAGAUAUUACAGUCAUGUUGAUUACCGAGAAUAUGACGAGGGCCGCAGUUUUUCUCAUGAUCGAAGAAGUGGUCCACCUCACAGAGGAGAUGAAUCUGGCUAUAGGUGGACAAGAGAUGAUCAUUCCACAGGCCGACAGCCUGAAUACAGGGACAUGAGAGAUGGCUUUAGAAGAAAAGGUUUCUACUCUUCCCAUUAUGUGAGAGACCGGUCUCCUCAUAAAAGAGACACACCUUUUUUCAGAGAAUCACCUGUAGGCCGAAAGGAGUCUCCACACAGCAGAUCUGGAUCCAGUGUCAGUAGUAGAAGCUACUCUCCAGAAAGAAGCAAAACAUACUCUUUCCAUCAAUCUCAACAUAGAAAGUCCGUGCGUGCUGGUGCCUCCUACAAACGGCAGAAUGAAGGAAAGCCAGAAAGAGGUAAAGAGAGACCUGUUCAGUCUUUGAAAACAUCGAGAGACACUUCACCCUCAAGUUCUUCAGCGGUUCCUUCAUCAAAGGUGUUAGACAAACCCAGUAGGCUAACUGAAAAAGAACUUGCUGAGGCUGCAAGCAAGUGGGCUGCUGAAAAGCUAGAGAAGGCAGAUGAAAGUAACUUACCUGAAAUUUCUGAGUAUGAGGCGGGAUCCACAGCACCAUUGUUCAUUGACCAGCCAGAAGAACCUGAGUCAAAUGCAACAGAUGGCAUAGAAUUAUUUGAAGACAGUCAGCUGAACAGUCGCUCUAAAGCAAUAGCAUCAAAAACCAAAGAGAUUGAACAGGUUUACCGGCAAGACUGUGAAACUUUCGGGAUGGUUGUGAAGAUGCUGAUUGAAAAAGAUCCUUCAUUAGAAAAGUCUAUACAGUUUGCACUGAGACAGAAUUUACAUGAAAUAGGUGAGCGCUGUGUUGAAGAACUCAAGCAUUUCAUUGCAGAGUAUGACACCUCUAGUCAAGAUUUUGGAGAGCCUUUUUAGAUGAUUACUUGCUCAGGAAAAAAAAUGUUUCUAGACUUUUUUUUUUCCUGGAUUGUAUAAAUCCUUAAUAUAUGGAAUUUUUGUGAUGAAGAGAAAUACUUUAUGAUAGUUGACCACAUUUCCAAUAUCAAAUAAACAUCUAAAAUAGUCUAAGAUAUUUUAGUUAGAUUUUUUUUAUCUACAUGUAGAGCCUCCUAAUCCAUACUUAUCUCACCCCCCUCCUUAAAUGAUGGGUCAGCUAAUUUUUCAAGCUUUGAAAAAGCAGUCCUGGAGAACAGCUUUCUGUACCUACUCAUGUUCUGUAGUCUUCCAUAGUAUGCAAUCAUUUGUUUGGUCAAGUUAGUGUAAUUUAUAGGUUAGAGAUCAUUUUACUUAAACAUUUAUAGUCUUUUUGCAUUUCAUAGUCAAUGAUACCAUGUGAAAAUGUGAGAAUUCUGAGUUGUGAUUUUAUUGACUUGUUGCUUGCUUAUCUUAGGCUUUGUAACUUUUAGUAUGUUUAAGUAUAAUAUCCAAAUAAACUGAAUACUUUGGUA